CGCAAAAUUGGAGCUACCAGUAUUGCUCGAUGGGUUGCCACACAGAGGAAAUGUACGCUGGGUAGUCUGGUUGGAUAUCAGGUUGGGCUGGAGAAGUUGGCCACAGAGCACACUCGGCUGAUCUACAUGACAACAGGGGUCCUGCUGCAAAAACUGGUCAUGGCUAAAUGCCUCACAGAGUUUUCACACAUUUUUUUGGAUGAGGUUCAUGAGCGCACAGAGGAGAUGGACUUCCUGCUGUUGGUUCUGAGAAAACUUCUUCAUUCCAACUCUCGUUACGUCAAGAUAAUCCUCAUGUCAGCUACCAUUAACUGCAGAGUGUUUGCCGAGUACUUCGCCACACCAGUUAAUGGUAAAAUGAGUCCUGCAUACGUGUUUGAAGUGGAGGGAGCACCCUACUCUGUUGAGGAGUUUUACUUGGAUGAUCUCCACAAAUUUCUUCCAUGCAGGGUUGAGUCGCCUCAUCCGGAUGACCCUUCUAUCUCACCUGAGAUGUACAAUCUUGCCAUGAGUCUCAUCCAAAGUUUUGAUGAAAUGGAAAGCAAGAAUUUCAGCAAGGCGGAGACAAAGGACGGGAUGGCUUCCUCAGAAACAGGAAGUGUUUUGGUUUUCCUUCCAGGUUUAAAUGAGAUACACUACAUGCAGGACGCCCUCGCGAAACUGGCAUACAAAAGAUUUCAGGUUUAUCCACUCCACUCGUCAAUAACUCUGGAAGAACAGAACGGGGUUUUCCUUCCCCCUGUUCCUGGAUACAGGAAGGUGAUCCUUUCCACCAACAUUGCAGAGAGUUCUGUGACUGUUCCAGACGUCAAAUACGUGAUCGACUUCUGCUUGGCUCGUCACUUGGUCUGUGACAAUGAAACAAACUAUCAGUCUCUGCGUCUGACCUGGGCAUCCAAAACCAACUGCAACCAACGUAAAGGUAGGGCAGGUCGAGUGUCAAAGGGCUACUGCUACCGUCUUAUAACCAAAGUUUUCUGGAGAGAGGAAAUUCCUGACUACAUGAUUCCUGAGAUGCUGAUGGCUCCCCUGGCCACCAUCAUGUUGAAGGUGAAACUUCUGGACAUGGGCGAUCCCCGCUCCCUCCUCUCCACAGCACUCUCACCUCCCAACCUCAGUGAUAUYGUCAGGACAGUGCUUCAACUCAAGGAGAUGGGUGCUCUGUCUGCAAAAAACGAAGGUCGAGAUCAAAACGAUGAUGGCGAGUUGACGUUCCUCGGCCGAGUGCUGGCCCACUUGCCUGUGGAUCUGUAYCUGGGGAAGAUGAUUGUUCUGGGUCAUGUCUUUGGCUGCCUGGAUGAAUGUCUCAUCAUAGCUGCCUCACACUCUCUGAAAAGCUUCUUUGCUAUUCCCUUCWCACACAAGCUUGCAGGCUACAGGAGCAAGCUGGCUUUUGCUCGUGGCACACCAAGCGAUUCAAUCGCCAUUGUCAACGCCUUCAAGGCAUGGCACUCGUCCAAAAAGAAAGGGCAACUGAGACACCCAAAGGAUGAGCUGAGCUGGGGAAGUGAGAACUUCAUUCAGAUCAAGAGGAUCAGAGAGGUUGCAGAGCUGUACGAAGAUCUGAAGAAGCGCGUGUCCCAGUUCAACAUGCACGUUUCAGAGGAAACUCAGUCUUCAGAUUACACCAGCACGAACAAGCAGAAGUUCAUUCUUCAGAUUGUCAUCGCUGGUGCCUACUACCCCAACUACUUCUUCCAGGCAGAGAUUGAUGACAACCUGGCGUCCAAAGAGCUGAGUGGCUUCAACCCAAGAACAACUGUGAUGGUGAGGAACCUCCCUCCGUACAGCUUCCUGUAUUACAAGCAACUCCAGUCUUUGUUCCGCUUGUGUGGACAGGUCAAAACCAUUUCUUUUGAGAGCUCCAGAGCAUACGUGGAGUUCCACAGGACAUCCGGGGACACAGGAGUGCUGCCUGAGGUGUCUCUUGCCCUCCUAAUGUCCAAUCCAAACUCCCCGAUGCAGCUUUCAGUCUACCCCACUGAACAGAUUGAAUCAUGUUCUGGGAACAGGCUGAUAACUCACAUGAAGUUUUCUCGUGUGAAUGCAGACAUCCAGAGCCAGUCUGUCUCCCCAGUUGGCGUGUUGAGCAGCAUCGACCCGGCCAGCCUGCCUUCCAAUCGCCUCUUUGUCGUGAACAUCACAGAGGUGUUGGAUGUGGGUCAUUUCUGGGGGUUCCCAGCUGAUGAAGCCAGCUUGGAAAAGCAACGCCUUCUGACAGGAGAGAUCAACAAGCGCACCCUGAGCCCUGUGACGGUGUCGCUCUACCCAAACCUGCUGUGUCUGGCGCCGUACUCCGAGAGCAGUGAGCAGUGUUUGUAUUACCGAGCAAAGAUCCUGCACAUGCGUGGUAAUACCGUGGAGGUGUUCUUUUUGGACUUUGGUAACACAGCAGUUGUUUCCUGCAGCAGCUUGAGAGAACUCCCGUCUGACCUGCUGUCUCAUCCUUUUCAGGCCCAGGAGUUCCAAGUAGUUGAAAUGUGCCCRUCAUCUCAGUCCAUCAUCCUGGGGAACCGGUGGAGCAGCAGCGCCCGCAACUGCUUCAUGAUUCUGGUGAAGGAUCAGUCGGUCAUCGUGUCUCUGUUCUCCAUCCUGUACGGCGUCAUGCGUGUGGAGGUGUUCAUCAACGUGGAAUCCAAAAAGACCAGUGUGGUGGACAUACUGGUGAAAGAGGGAUACGCUGUGAAGACAGAUGAGAACUUUGAUUCUCAGCAAAUCCACGAGACAUUGAUGACUCUGUAUAAGGACAUGGAAAAAGGAACAUAUGUUCCCAUUUCUGCCAGCAGUUCCUGGAAGGAACAUGAGAAAGAGGAGAAGGAGCUAAUCGACAGUCUGCUUGCUCACUUUUCCAAAUCCACCCCGUCAGGAUCAAAGGUCUGUCUGAAAGGACCAUUGAGUCCUUACAAGAUAAACUUCCACAGCUUGAGCCGAAAAAUCUACUGCAGGACUGCGUCUGUAGAUAAAACCAGCAUCAACUCCAUGGCACUGAAUGAAAACCCACAUUUCAAAUAUCUGAGGAUGCUGGUGGCUGCGUCUGUGUCAGUCAACUCCACCGGUACACGAAUACUUCUGAGAGAUACUUCCCUCCUGCCUGACAUCCCUGGACUGCCCGGACUGGUGAUGAUGCUCUUCACUCCCGUCAUGGAGUUACGCACAAAUGAAGAAAGGACCAGCUACACUGGUGCUCUGUUGGGCUUGGGCUUCAACAGCCAAACAGAAGAAGCCAUCCUACCUGAGAACGACAUCGAACUGGCCUUUGACGUCAAAUUUGAUGUUGAGGACAUCACCGAG